CUCAGAGGCAACAUGGACACAGUGACUCUUCUCCUCAUUUUCCUGGUCUCCUGCAUCCUGUGUUUCUACACCUGGAACAGCAUGUACCGGGGACAAAACUUGCCUCCUGGACCUACCCCACUGCCCAUUCUCGGGAACCUUCUUCAGCUGAAGUCAGGGCAGAUGCUGGAAUGCCUGUCAAAGGUUGGUAAUCUAAUGGGACAAGUGCCAAGCUAUUGGCUCAUCGAUAAUGCUUAUAUUGCAGGAAAGAUAGUUACACUGAAACACUGCAAGUUAUUGAUCACUAAUUCUGCUUUUUAUAAAUUAGAGAAACUCUGAGCAAAAGUUAUUUCAGUUGAAAUAAGCACAAUAUAGAUACUCAACAAAAAAAUGAUGAGUUCUAUAAGACACAAUAUGGCUAACAAACAGGGGAAUCAGAUUUUCCACAUUCUGUCCCUUAGCCGGAGAUUCUUCCCCUGUCCUCUUUUCCAAACACCAACACUCUUUGUUUUGUCUUUCACUAAACCCAUAUGCUUUCUCUGGGAUCUUAAAAGUGCGAUGGUGCCAAGAAGUACAAAGCAUAAACAGCCAUGCUUCCGUCUAUAAAAAGGCAGAACACAGAGCCAAAUGGAAGUAAAUUAAAAAGGGUUUAAGAAAACACCCUUAAAACAGACCAAAUCUCAGCAACUUGCCUUUUAUUUAGUUUAUUUAGUCCCAACUCAUGUAUUUAUUUUAACUCGGUUGUACCAUUAGACGGGAAACCUGUAACAUGAAUGUUUCAGAAUGAUCCCACCCAAAAGGCUCCAGAAAGAAAAAGCCAAUGAAUCACAGUGUACAGAAAACAAGUCACCAUGUACAGAAUACACAUCAACCCCAACGUAUGUUCUCUGCUAGUGUUGGGUCUUGUGAGUGAGGUGUUACUGAGACACCAAUAGGUUCAGUGAGCAGCGGAUACAAGACUGUAUUGCACUUGUGACUACUAAGAUUAUAGACAGAUGAGCCAUGGUGUAAGGGAUUACUGGAAAUGGGUAACAACUCAAUUAGGUAGCCCACAUGUAUGAAUGGUAGCUCCCUAGUAGAUGGCAGUCUUGUGCAAGCUGAAAAAUUAGGUGCAUCCAAAUGGAUUUACCCAAAAGUGCAUUUAUUUCUGGACGUUUGGGAUUUCCUCCAAGGGGCGUUUGGUUUGGAUAAAUUUCAAUCACGUUGUUGUUUUGGGAUGAAUGAUUCGGAUCAGUGAUUUCAGAGGCAAAAAAAAUAUCUGUAUUUAUAUGUUUAUCCAUUAUGUAUUUCCACUUCUCACUUCAUCUGCAAAUAAAAAAAAAAAACAGUUAUGAACCAUCAACUAUCUUUUUUUUUUCCACUAUACAUUUUCAUAAAAGAAACAAAAAGGUUGCUUCAAUGUCUGGCUCACUUGUUUCUUUAUUUAAUUAUAUGGCUAUUUGGAACUUGGAACUUCGAAUGAUUAGCAUACACCUAUCUUAAAACUAAUAAGAAGAGAUGAGUACUUGGGAUAACAAAUACAGUAAGGCCUAUCAUGAUACUUUCUAUGAGCAUUCUAAGCAACAUUCUUAUGUUAUGCUCAUUUCUAAUUUUCCUGCAGCUUGAGAACAGAAAAAGCUUAGAAUAUAAUUAUAAAGCAAUAUAUCAUAAACUGCAUACCUGCCCAAGUAGAAUGAUGGAUUGUUUACUCACAUGGUAGAGAGCCUUUAAAACAUGCUCCCACUUGUACUCACCUGUUACAGUCGCAAUUCUGAAUUACAUGGAACCCAACUAGGAACAUUCCUCUUUAAUACAAUUGCUAGAAUUGUGUUUACAUUGGGAAACUGAAACAGUUUUGUUUUAAAACAUUCUUCCAAUUCUAACUGUAGUCCCAAAUCCCUUUCCCAUGCUAUCAUGAAAUCAGAUUUAUAAGCAGUGACUGAAAAGAUAUAGGAAUAGUAUAAAGAGAUUGCUCACAUGAUCAUCAUUGGAAAUUCUUGACUAUUCCAUCGAUGAAAUACUUGGUAACAAAAUCUACAAACUGGAAUUAAGGCAACGCUCUCCCCAAAAUGUCCAAUUAACAUCCCAUUGGGGCAACUGGGAAAAUGAUGUUAGGAAAAAAUAUCUCCUUUUAUUUCAUAUUACCUGAAUUAUUUGAAAACAUUUUAUAGCAGCUGUCAUGUUAAAAUGUUUAAUAAUAUUAAUUAUAAUAAUAUUUUAUAUAUAUAUAUAAUUAUUAUAUUUAAUAAUAUAAUUAUUAAUAAUAUUUUUUUUAUAUUUAUGUACACAAUAUAUUUAAAAUGUAUGUACUUAUAGAUGGAAACUCCUUUCCCUUUCCUGUUGUUAUCCCUCUUCCUGUUGUAUUCCCAAAUUUUAAUUGUUAUAUUUCUAUGUUUUGAAAAAUCUUCAGUAAAAAAUGACUUGAAAGGGAGCCGUUUUGUUUAGCAUGUACUGGAGUUAGAGUAAACAGAAAGCAGACUCUCCAUAGAUUCAUAGAUGCUCACACAGGAUAGAUGAGGUGGGUGGUAUCUGCUUAUAAACACAGUAAGGCAGCGAGUAGUUUGGCAGCCCUAUUCUGUAACAGGAGAUCCAGCAGUUAGCAGCAAAGCUGAAAGUGCCGUCAAACAGUCUGGUUCAGCAGCAGAGGAUGCAACUGUUGAAUAAGCAAACAGAAAGGAUAGCCUGGUAGUUCUGUUCAGCAGCAGUGACACAUGGGGAGGCAUGGGAAGACACGGGAAGAAACGGGAAGGAAAGUCCUUAUCUCCCUCAUCAUUGAAUCUUUAUUUUUAUGGGUAUAUAUGUAUACAUUGCAAACCUGUUUUAUAAAGCAGCUUUAAUAAAAAUGUAAUUUUUUUUCUUCAACGAAUGAAACGUUGUUGCUUACCUUUUUGUUGACAUUCGGCUGCAACUCAGCAACUCAAUCACAAUGUGAAUAUUACAUGGCAAAUCAACCUUCCCAUUUUUUGAUACAGGGUGGUAAGUAUUGACAAAUUAAAAAAUAAAUAAAUAAAUAGACUCCGAGUGAAAAGGGUAGGAUUUCUGGAGCUUGUUUCUUAUACGUGUGGCAACUUGAUCUUCCCAAACCAGAGUCUGUUCUUUCAGGAGAUGUAGAUAAAAAGGAGAUGUAGGGAAGCAGCGCCUUCAGGAGUGUUCUCAGAUUCGAGUGGGGAUAUACCAAUGUAGGGAAUAAAAGGAGAAAGAAGAAUAUAGUGUGGUAUAUUUGAAACUGGUAAUAAUUGAUAAAACACUUACAAUUUUCUGUUGAGGAUUCCCUGAUGACCGGGGGUUUUACGGUUGACCACCAUCUCUUUACCUGGAGAAUUGAGCAAAUUAUGGACAGACCCUUGUUGAUUCAACCAGUUGGGAAGAAUAAUCCAACAGACAAAAAGAAUUUCUGGUGAAAUAUAAAUAUAUAGUUUCAAUAGAUCUCCAUGAGCAGAUCAGAAUCAAAUUCUACUAACAAUGCAUUGGUUAGUAAGUUAUCUUUCAUCUUACAGAGUUCUGACGUAUACCAUAUGUUGUCUUUGCCAAAUUAUGGAUGUUGUAUAAUCCUUACCCCCUGAUUUGCUGAUCACCAGAUAAACGCUUAAUAUUCUUAUAUGUUUAUUAUUUUAUCAUUGGAAAUGUAUCAAACUGCACUGCAAACAUUCUGCUCUAUCAUUAGAUAUAUCUAUGCUAAUGGUAUCUAUGAAAUAUCACUUAUCUUACAGUUUAUUCUUAUAGUUAGUUUAUGUCUUAAAUUUAAUCUUUAAUCUUAUGUAGCCAAAUGUUGUGGCAGAUGGGUACAAAAUAAAAGGAGAAAAACAAGCUAGCUGAGGUUACAUGAAGGUAUGUCUAUUGCUAUAUGAAACUCAGCAUGAGUUAUCAUAUUUAGUCAUUUCACUUGAAAACGUGUUCCUGAUUAUUACAAAUGUGUUUUCCUGACCCUAUAGUUUUUAUUUCCCUCCCCCCCGAUAAUACCCUUAAAUAUGGUUAAAACUCAGCUUUAUGCCAGCCGCCCCUUUGGCUGAGAUCUUCAAAAUUCAUAAUCUCAGCCAAUCCAAUGCUUUCCCAUAGGAAAACAUUGGGAGGCUAACGUGAACGCAUGAUAAACACCAUGCUGGCCAUAGAUUCCUAAGAAGUUAUUUAAUUUAACCUAAAAUAAUUUUCAUUAUUUCAUAUUUUCCAUAAUUUCAGUUAAGCUGUGGGUUGAUAUUAUAUGAUGACUUUUACCUGCCUGUGGUGAUUUAUGGGAGAUAUAGCCAGUAUCUAGGUAUUAACACAACAGAAGCCCCUGUGUUUGCAUAUUUUAUAACUUGUCACAUGAUUGACAGAUGCAAAAGACAUACGGGGAUGUGUAUACUCUGUAUCUCGGGCCCCGGAGAGUGGUGGUGCUAUGUGGGUACGAUGUUGUCAAGGAAGCCCUGGUGGACAACAGAGACGAAUUUGGAAUGAGAGGCCUCUUGCCAGUCAUAGAUCCAUAUACUAUGAGCCAUGGUAAGUAAAACCUCCAAUCGGAUUUUGUGUUAGCCAGAUUACAUUACGCACUACUCCUUGGCUUCCUUGACAGCAUACUUGAUGCUGAUUGUGUCUUGCAGGUGUUAUUUUCAGUAAUGGAGACCGCUGGAAAGAACUCCGCCGCUUUUCCAUCAAGACUUUGAAAAAUUUUGGGAUGGGAAAACGAUCCGUUGAAGACAGAACCAAGGAAGAGGUGCAAUUCCUGAUAGAUGAAUUUAAAAGAAAGAACGGUAAACACUCAUGAGGACGUUUACUCAUCGGGUUUGGGAACAAUGGUGUAAAUGUCUAGGAACCUACUACCCUACCAACCCAACCAUAUUAGUUAUAAAGCAGUGAUACUUGAAACUUUGAUUAGAUAGUAUCUUCCCAAGACAUACAUUUCAUAUUGUCUGAUAAACUUUUUAUUUUGUUUAUUUCUGGCAUUUAUAAAGCACCACGAUUGCUCUACGAUUGGAGGAUGGGGGAAUGAUUUAAUAUUUCUGGAUAAAUGUAAUUUUAUAUAUAAAAAAUAUAUAAUAUAAAAAGGUAUAUGAAUACAUAAAAAUUAAAAAAAAUAUGAACAUAUUGUUUUCUUUUCAAAACAUUAAGUUAUUUUAAAUGUUUAUACAAACAUAUCAAAUCAUUUGAAAAACUUAAACAAAAAUAUUAAACUGAGGCCCAAGUUUUUAACAUGAAUCAAAAUAGUAAUACAGGGUUAAUUGCUAAAGUGAAAAUUAUGUGGAAAAGGUGAAUUCAAAGUGAUUUUCAAAUGUAAUGAAUUCAAAGUGACUUUCAAAUGUAAGGCCAAAAUAGUUGUGUGCAAACUUCCAGAAGUAAGGAAGUGAGGUAGCAUUGCUGGUUCCUCUAGAAGAAUCCUUCUCUCCUCUACCCUGUAGCGGAGUAGCAGUAUUAUCCACGGUAUCUCCGCUGGUAGACAGAAUCAAGCAGGCACAAAGCAGGUAAAAUCCAGGUAGCGUAGUUACAAUCCCUUUCUCCCAAGAACUAGACGACACAUAGCUUGGAGGUCAACUGAGGUUUAUUUUCAGGUCACGGUAUUUAUGGAAUUGCCCAUGCAAGGGGUUUCCCUACUGACAUUUCAGGGGUUGUACAGUAGGGGACUACAUGGGGAACUGCCCAACACACACAAUCUUCCCAUCAUACACUGCUGGACGAGAGGGAUACUCCCACUGGAAUAUACCGUUAAUGGGAUUAUCCUUCCGUGCAGCAGAACUCACUUUUUACAUUAAAAUACAUAACUUUCACAUUAUUCAUUACUUUUACACGAACGGACGUUAGGUAGAUAGCUGGAGGCUGAGCACAUCGUUCGUGAGAUUACCGCUCAGCUCCCAGUCUAACUAACCGACCGCCGUACGAAAUACACAUAAUUUCAACAUAGGUUAAAAAUACUGAUUAUCGUAAGGGGAAUGAACUACCGAACGGCCGAGGUUCCCGAACGGCCUGGAAGUCCAGCGGUGUUCGUGCCGUCGAGUAGCCGUUUUUAGUUCCAGGCGCUCAACGACAAAACACCGCUGGGCUAACAAAAGAAACAAGAUGGCCGACCACCGGGUGGUCGGUAUUCGAACGACGGCCACCUGGAAACACUCUUAAUUACCGAUUGCAACAUUGUUGCAAUCGGUUAAUGGGUGCCACACGACCCACUGUGUGUGGUCGUGCGUUCGGUAGGUUAUUCGUUUCACGAACAGGGUUUUCCUACCGCCAGCAUACGAAUGCCGUCAUUCACCUAAAAUACACAUAGCAUUGGUUUCUUAGGACUUAGCAGCCAUACAUACAUCUUUAUACAUAGUCUCUGGUGGCUAGUUUUGCCACAUACCCAUGGACCUUUUAAUUUUCAAACAUUUUUACACCCACACAAGUGAUCCAAACGUGGCAUAUGUAGCCCAUGAAGAUAUAAGACCUAUUGCUCGUCUGCGAUUAACUAGUCAUGACACUAAUUAAAGGAGCCAUAAAUUUAGUGGAUCUUAAAGUCUACCUACAUCAUUUCUGAAAUAGAAUGUGAGACCCUAGUAUUACUCGCACCUUGAUCCAAGACUGACUGUUGACAUUAUGGUAAAAGUCCAUCUCCCACAUACACCUAAUUCAAUUUAAUUUCUUUGAAUCAUCAUCCAACAUUAUGCUAUCUAUUUGAAAAAACUUUACAAGUGAUUUGUUUUAAAAAAAUCCCUUAAUACUUUAAUGGUUACCUCCAUAAAUAAAACAUUUAACAGAUCAUUUGAAAAGUUUACCUGCAAGUUUUAAAUUAAGAACAAAGUAUGUCCUCCCAUUGCACUGAUUAAUACAGUAAACAGAUUUAUAUAGUUAAAGAACCACUUCAUUUUUUUUUUAAAAAAAAUAUUUUCAUAUAAUUUUUGUUAUUAUAAGACCAUAUCGUCCAUUUUUUUAUUCAUUUAUAUUGAAAUUUGUGGAGAAAUCUCUUGACUGCCUUUCCCACAACCCUUUCUGACGGCCAUCUUUAGGCACCGUUGAUCGAAUUUCCAUUUAUCUGGCAAAAUGCUCACUAUUUGCUUUUGUUGCAUUUAUUUGUACCUUUUGUACACACAUUUAAAAAUAACUGAUUUGAACAAAACAACAAAAAUCUUGUUCUGGUGGUCUGAAAUUUGUCCCAGUGGCAUUUGACAACUUGUCAAUCAACCCAGAAUUGUGAGAAAUCAGUGUGUUUGAAACAGAAUACACAAGUCUAAGUAAAAGAUAAAUGAGUCGAUGAGGUUGAGAUGGCCAGUCCUGAUUACAUUUCCACUAGCUCUAAAUAAUAGUAAUUAUGUAUCCCCUUUACUUUCUUUCAGGAGAACUGAUUGACCCUAUCUAUUACUUCAGCCAGGUGGCAUCUAAUAUCAUAUGCUCCAUUAUUUUUGGGAAUAGAUAUAAGUACGAUGACCCUGAUUUCCGAAGACUCAUGCAGAUCAUAAAUGAAAUAUUUAUAGGAAUGUCGUCACCCUGGGGACAGGUAAAGGGCACUGUGUAUACCAGAUAGAGAGCGGAACGUUUUUCUCAGUUCAGUUAAACAGCAUUGAUCAUUCUGGAUCAAAAACACGAGAUGCCAGUUGAUUUUCAAGGAGGUGACAAUCUCGUCAGGUAUCUCUGUAGAUACUGAAGAUGCUUUCUGGUUAAUUAUUUUGUACUUUUUAAAUUCAUUGUUACUGUUAUUGUGUUGGUGCAGAAAUUAGUGGAGGAAAGUGGCAUUAAAUUAAUAUCCUAGUUAUCAAUAGAAGAACUAUUUCUUUAGAAAACUGGAUGAAAUUAGUAUUAAAAAAAAAAACUAUAGAAACUGCAAGCAACUGCAGUUAAUCAUUAUGGAAAUGAGAGAAAAUAUAUUUUUGGCUGAAAUAAAGUUGGAGAUUUAACCCUAUAAAUCUGUUUUAUCUCAAAGCAUUUAUUUCUUAAAUUUAAAUGCACUACAACCCCUGACUUCGAACAACCCAGAAACAUGUGGUUUUAAUGUUCUGUGAGAGAUUAAACAUUAUCUGAUCCAUGAAACUUGUAGCAAAUCAGAUGUUUUUUCUCUGUUUACACACAGCUUUUCGACAUGUUUAAUGUAGCGAUGAAAUAUUUACCAGGACCCCACCAUAACGCAGUCAAAAGUGCCUACAAGUUGGAGAAGUUUGUUCAAGAAAAGAUGGAGAUAGAUCGUAAAACCCUAAACCUGGACUGCCCACGCAACAUGAUAGAUAGUUUCUUUAUAAGAAUGGAAGAGGUAUGUGUGGCAGAACCCCUGUCCAUUCAUGAAUUUCCCUUUCUGUAUUUGUGUGUUUUUCCCUAAUAUCUGUACUGUACCCUGUUUCCCAUUCAGGAGUGUUAUCCAUUCCCCUCCCGAACGGAGACCACCCCAAUACCUCAUUUAGAAUGUUAUGUUAGAAUGUUGACAUCUCGCAACAUAAGUGUCAAAACCGCAAACCACAAGGGAAACAAUUAAUGAGUGCUUCCCUGGGUGGCUGCCAUUCGUACUGGCGAAUACCACCACAGGGAGCAUUUGUGGAUUGUUUCCCGCCUCCUUCAUCUCCCGAACGAGGACCUCCCUGGUGCCCCAUUGGAACUUUCACACCAAUUAAUCAGAACGUUCACACUCGCGACAUAGGUGUGAAACCACAAAGGAAGUAAUUAAUAAGUGUUUCCCUGGGUGGUUGCCAUUUGUAUAGACGAACGGCGGCCAGGGGGAGCAUUCAUACCCCAAAAGGAGAUGCUUCCCUUGUCUGGGUUUCACCCCUGGACCUUGCAAAUGGAGAUUAUUCGAUUGAGGGACCUAGGCGAGGGUCCCUGAGAUUGGUGUGGGCACUUUUGGGGCACUGGAGAGUUUGGCGGGCUCUCAUGAGCCUGAGGGACAAAGAGACCAGCUCCCAGGCACAGAAGCUCCUGGGAAGAAGACCCUGGCAGUUGAUGUGGGGAACCCUGGGGAUGUAGUGGUGGGCUUUGGGGAGAGAAUUCCACUGUUAAUAUAAAUGUUUAGGAACGGUUUGACACUUAUCGUGCUGCUAAUAAAAAUAAAAAUAGAGAAACAGCAUGUACCCUGGAAUCUGGUGUCGCCCAUACACCAGUUCAGUGUCAACAACACAUCUUUAAUAACUUAGUCAGCACUGUAUUUAGCACAAAGCUGACAAGACAUUUUCCUUGGGCGGCACUUUCAGGGGGGCGGCAAAAAAAGCCACCCAAUCACCCUGGCAGAUGCCUUGCCAGCCUCUGGUCCUGUGGGGCCCAGGAGCUGGCCGGCUGGCCACCUCACGGCCUCCUUGAGGCAGGCAUCUACUGAUGUAAGAGGCGGGCAGCGAUGGAGCACUCUCCCCUGAGCUCCCCUGCUCAGCUUCCUUGCGCGCACCGCAGUGAUGCCAGAGCAGGGAUAUGAUGUCACUGUGGCCCUGACAUCACUAAGAUGCACGCAAGGGAGCUCAGCAGGAGGAUCAGAGCUCCCUUGCCACCGGUCUCCAAUGUAAGCUUGCCUGCCCAACUGCCCAUGCCUGUGCCUGCCGAGCCAGACCACCAGUGCCAGCGCCACUGGACCCCAAAGAAGAAUCCACUCCAGCACUCCCAAAGGUAGGGAGGCUGGCUGGAUUGAAAUGUAAACAAAAAAUAAACAAAAAUUGUGAGUGUGUUAGUGAGUGUUAGUGUGUGUCUGUUAGUGAGUGUCAGUGUUAGUGUGUGUCUGUUAGUGAGAGUUAGUGUGUGUCAGUUAGUGACAGUGUGUGUGUCUCUUAGUGAGUGUUAGUGUGUGUGUGAUACACAUAUCUCAUAUGCUCAUAUGUGUAUGCAUGUGUCAGUGUGUGUAUGCGUGUCUGUCAGUUAGUGUAUAUGUGUGUCUGUCUGUGAAUGUGAGUGUAACUGAGUGAGUGUGUGUACGUCUGUGAAUGUUUCAGUGAAAUUGUGUGUUAGUUAAACAGUGUAUGAAAAUGACUGUGUAUCUGUAAGUGAGUGUAUGUCAGUGGAUUCAUCAAUGAGGGUGUGUGUCUGUCAGGAAGAUAAAUUUGGAGGUGGGGUGGGAGAGGGGGUUGCCCAUGUUUUGUCAUGCCUACAGCAGCACAAAACCAAAAUCCACAACUGACCCUAGUAUCCCUUUAUUAAAGUGCACAGCCAGUAGAGAGCUUUUUAUUAGCUGUCUGUGCACUUUAAUAGAUGGACACUGAAAUAUUGAAGAUUUACCUUGCUGUGUCCGUCCUUCUAGUCUGAGCUGAUCUGAUAAAGCGAUGUUCACACUUCUUCAUUAUCACGCCAACGUAUACUAAGUUUAAGGAGUAUUCUAACACAAUCAGCUAAAGAAUACUGUCCAAGCCUAAAAUGUGUUGUAGUGAUUACGCUGCCUAGAGUGUCCCCAUAAGAGAUACACUAAAAAAAUUGUUGUCUGUUAAAAUAUUUAUUUUAUGUCAUUAUAAUACUUUUUAGUUAUAAUUUGAAUCACUUUGUUUACUUUAUAGGAAAAAAAUAAUCCCUCAACUCAUUUCACCAUGAAAAAUUUAUUUAAAAACAUGACAUCUAUUUUUGUUGCUGGAACAGAGACAUUAAGCACAACAUUAAGGCAUGGAUUUCUGCUCUUCCUGAAAAAUCCUCAUAUUAAAGGUAAGGUCAAGACCCAAUGACCAAAUUAUUACUUGCAGUGUUUUUUGGCUCUGUAGAAAACUCUAGUCUUUUUACUGAUUUAGUAGUUUUGGAUAAGCUUCAAAUUAUUAAAUUUUUUUGAUAAUGCAUGCUAUGAUUUGAUAUUAUGAAAAAUAUUUUAAUAUUAAAUUUUUUUUAUAUAUAUAAUAUAUUUUGAUAUUGAUAUUUAAAAAAGUUAAAGUUUACUGAAACAUAUUAAAGAUUAUCCAAAAAUGUUAAAUCGUUUGUAAAGAUUAUCCAAAAGUAUUACAUUGAGAUCCAUAUUAGAUGGCUUGGAGCUAUACAUAACUCUUCUCAAAUUUUUUUCACUGUAGAAAAACUCCAAGAGGAGAUUGAUCGCGUCAUUGGCCGAGACCGAGUCCCGGAACCAGAAGACCGUUCUUCCAUGCCGUACACGGAUGCGGUCAUACAUGAGAUCCAGCGCUAUGCCAAUGUACUACCCAUGAAUCUACCUCAUGCUGUGGCAAAGGACAUUCAAUUCCGUGGCUUCACCAUUCCCAAGGUAUCUCUAUGUUGGACCAGCCACAGAUUUAAUUCAUUUUAUAUAAUGUAAACAUGCACUCUGAAACAAUUUGGUUCGCUUGAAUAGUUUUAUCCAUCAUUUCAGACCAAUGUUGUCUGUUCACACUGCAUAAAAAAAACAUUUGAUUGGUUUAAUUAUUUCAGAUAGAUCAAAUCAUGAUGUUGCACUAAGUUGGCUUACGCUGUUUUAGUAUGCCUAUUUUUGUUAUUUAUUUUUUUUUAAAAGGUGUAUGAGUGGGCAGUUGGCAAACCACUCAACGGUUUGUUUCACCCCACUGGAAAUACUAUUCCCCACCGUCAGCCCAUAACCACAAUCCUCCAGCGUGGGACAGCAUCACCCUAAUAUUUUGUUGGCACUUUGCUAUCAUAGCCCAUAGCGGAGCGCUAGUCCUGGCAAGGACUUUUACUCUACUGAAUAUGUGAAGACAGUGUUACAAAUUCAUCCUCACCUUAUGGUAUUUGCGAUGGAAAUUGCCUUCAUUGCAAUAAUGGAGGUGCCGCUCAGCAGUCCUGCGCCAGUGUGCCUGACUUCUGCAGUAUGUCGGUGGACGCCAGCCACUGUGGAUUCAUAACAUAUUGUAGCCCCACAUCCGCCCACGGUAAUGACGGUGUCGACGUGUGUGUGACGUCACGCAAAAGACGCGCACGCACGUUUUAGGGUCAGGGGCCGGUUAUGGCCAUUCAGAUCUGCAGGAGCGUUAUUUAAACUAAUUUUUCCUUUUACUCAUUGCCCUGUCGUGGUUUCCCUUUGCUGUUCAUCCAAAAGUGUGUUCCUGAUCGUAUUAUUCUGGUUUUUGACUUUGGUUUUGUUUUGACUUCCCUGAUUUCUGGUAUCCUUGACUUUCGGCUUUCCCUCUUGUCUCCUUCUGUAUCCCUGACCUCGGCAAGUAUUCUGACUAUUCUUGGAUACAUUAAGUCUGGACAUUCUAAGGUCCAGUUAAACGUUAUCCUUAGUCCUAGGUGGGAUAUAAUUCUGCGUGCUGGAUCAACUAGUAAUCAUGACAGACAGGAACUCUGGAACAAGGUACUGAAAUGUGAAUAGCUCUAUUCCCCCAGUAACUGGACAACACACAGUUCUGGGAGUACAACUGGUUUAUUCAGCACAAACACAGCCUUUUAUGCACUGACCCCCAGCAUGGGGUCUCCAUAAAAAAUAUACACAAGCUCCUACCAGAUGACCCACAGUCUGAGGGAUAAUUGAGUCAAAACUGAGUAACUCAAUUAUCUCUCAGUUACAGAAAAAAUACAAAAACAUCCCAAAAACAUAUUCAUAUUUUACAGGAAUCCAUCAAGUUAAUGUACCGCUGCCUAUGUUUGAGAGACAAACAUGUCAGGCACUGGACCACGUGCAUUUGGUUAUACAAAUGGCGGCCACCCAGGGAAAGCACUUGAGUAAUUACUGAAUUUGUGGUUAAAAGCCAGGGGAGGUAUAAAAAUGGGGUACAGACAACCAAACACAAGAGAAUGAUGUCUGCUACAUACCAGGAAAAACAACAGAGAGAACGUGGACAAUGGGCAACCCACUUACACUCCAUACAGACCAACUAGUCCACAUACACACUGCCUGCUGGCACCUUAGAAACAGCAAGCAUCAGCUCUCCAGCUGCAGCAUCAGUAGGCAGGCACGGUGGGCAGGUAUGGAGAUCUUCCGUUACGUGCGAUGGUCAGGUUCCUAGCGCUUGUUAGAUCCGGGUAUGGCAGCUGGUACUUCCCAAACUAGAAUCUCUUCUAUCUGGCAGUAACUAGGUAUAGGUCAUGAAAGGGUACAGGGAAGCAGCGCCUUCUGGGUGUCCUCAAACUCAUAUGGUGGUGAGUCAGUAUGGAAAAUAUAAGGACAAAAAAACUGAAUAUAGUGUAGUAUAUUCUAUAUGUGGUGAGGUAAACUAAGAAUAAUGCCACUUACAAUUUUCUGGAGCUUAUGUUCAGCUCCAGAUAUAUGCGCCUGGGCGGUAUGAUCCCCGCCUGUGGAUAUGUCGCUCAGCUUGUUCCUUGUAGAUGGUAGGUCAGGAUCAAGCAUCCGAGUGUCGAGUGUUCACGGGUAUUUUCCUCCAAAUUGCAGUAUCACAGAUAUUCACCAAGUACAUAAAAUGAGAAUAAAAACAGUAAAUAGUGCUUUCUGUUUUGUUGUUAUAAAAGCAAAAUAAAAAGAGGUAUACUCACCGAAGGUUAAUCCUCAACCUAAGACUGUAACCGUGGAAGCGUGCAGAAGCCAAACACAGAGAGAUGGACACAGGUAUUCAGGAAGUAAGAGGCCUUUAUUCACGUACCGAUCGGGUCUCAGAUGAACUCCUGUUCCAAAAAUAUCUGAGCCCUGAACACAUGGAGUACAUUCAUUAUAUAGUAACAUAGCUCCUCCCAUAAUUAGCUACGCCCACACAUACCCUUAACCAAUCAAUGAACAGAGUCUAAACUCGUCCAUCCGGUCUAACGUGGCUUAUCUGAAACAAAGGAGAAGGGAGCGUAAUUCCAGUUCCUGCAUUCCUGCACAUGCUCAGUACAUUGAUGACAGUAUCUUAGCUACGUGUAACUAACUAACUAAUAUUACAAACACAUAUACCUACAUAUACCACGUGGCAAUCUUGGCCUACUAAACUUUAAUUCUACCGGAAUUCCAUCACAAGACAAUGAAAACAGUUUGAAGAAGUGUGACUGUUAUAUACUUUUACACUGAAACCACUUUACGAAGCUAAAGUUGAGCUGGUUCAGAGUGUCCAUUUAAAAUAUAAAGAUCAAUGGUAUCGGUAUUGGUGCCACAGCUCAAAUGAUUCUGCACAAUAAGGUGAAGAAAUAGAAGAUGAAAAUAUUUUUCAUGAAAUGCGGGCUCUUAACCAGUUAUUUUCUUAACCAGUUAUUUUGUUAACUCAGGGUACAGAUGUAUUUCCAGUCCUGACAUUUGUUCUGAAUGAUCCAAAAUAUUUCCCUGACCCAUUUACCUUUAACCCUGAUCGCUUCUUGGAUGAAAAUGGAGAUUUUAAGAAGAACGAGGCCUUCAUGGCUUUCUCUGCAGGUAUGAUCAUAAACUGGGAAAAAUUAAGCUAAAUAUAUUCAUUGUUAUAACAUUAUGAAUCCAUCCAACAAAUGUUAGACAGGGAGAUAACAGACAAAACCAGAUGUUAUCUGAAAAAGAACCUUUUGUCCACUUACAAAGGAGGUGUGAAUAUUUGUACAUAUGAUCAAUGUAAAACAGUGAUUAAUUUAAAGAAGAACUCUCACUUUCCCCGAUUUUUAACAUUAUGUUUACUUAACCCUAUAUCUAUUAAAUAUGUAUUUGUCCGGUUGAAAAUAAAAUUAAAUAUAGAAAUCCACCCCUCUUUAUCCUGCAACUGGGCGCCUCCAUCUUAGCUCCCUGUCAAUCAUUGUUAUUAGCUCCGCCCUUUACACCUGGCAGUCAGUAUAGAGAGAGCCACCUCCAUCUUAGCUCCCUGUCAAUCAUUGUUAUAAGCUCCACCCUUUACACCUGGCAGUCAGUAUAGAGAGAGCCACCUCCAUCUUAGCUCCCUGUCAAUCAUUGUUAUAAGCUCUGCCCUUUACACCUGGCAGUCAGUAUAGAGAGAGCCGCCUCCAUCUUAGCUCCCUGUCAAUCAUUGUUAUAAGCUCCGCCCUUUACACCUGGCAGUCAGUAUAGAGAGAGCCGCCUCCAUCUUAGCUACCUGUCAAUCAUUGUUAUAAGCUCCGCCCUUUACACCUGGCAGUCAGUAUAGAGAGAGCCGCCUCCAUCUUAGCUCCCUGUCAAUCAUUGUUAUAAGCUCCGCCCUUUACACCUGGCAGUCAGUAUAGAGAGAGCCGCCUCCAUCUUAGCUCCCUGUCAAUCAUUGUUAUAAGCUCCGCCCUUUACACCUGGCAGUCAGUAUAGAGAGAGCCGCCUCCAUCUUAGCUCCCUGUCAAUCAUUGUUAUAAGCUCCGCCCUUUACACCUGGCAGUCAGUAUAGAGAGAGCCACCUCCAUCUUAGCUCCCUGUCAAUCAUUGUUAUAAGCUCCGCCCUUUACACCUGGCAGUCAGUAUAGAGAAAGCCACCUCCAUCUUAGCUCCCUGUCAAUCAUUGUUAUAAGCUCCGCCCUUUACACCUGGCAGUCAGUAUAGAGAGAGCCGCCUCCAUCUUAGCUCCCUGUCAAUCAUUGUUAUAAGCUCCGCCCUUUACACCUGGCAGUCAGUAUAGAGAAAGCCACCUCCAUCUUAGCUCCUUGUCAAUCAUUGUUAUAAGCUGCGCCCUUUACACCUGGCAGUCAGUAUAGAGAGAGCCACCUCCAUCUUAGCUCCCUGUCAAUCAUUGUUAUAAGCUUCACCCUUUACACCUGGCAGUCAGUAUAGAGAGAGCCACCUCCAUCUUAGCUUCCUGUCAAUCAUUGUUAUAAGCUCCGCCCUUUACACCUGGCAGUCAGUAUAGAGAGAGCCACCUCCAUCUUAGCUCCCUGUCAAUCAUUGUUAUAAGCUCCGCCCUUUACACCUGGCAGUCAGUAUAGAGAGAGCCACCUCCAUCUUAGCUCCCUGUCAAUCAUUGUUAUAAGCUCCGCCCUUUACACCUGGCAGUCAGUAUAGAGAGAGCCGCCUCCAUCUUAGCUCCCUGUCAGUCAUUGUUAUAAGCUCCGCCCUUUACACCUGGCAGUCAGUAUAGAGAGAGCCGCCUCCAUCUUAGCUCCCUGUCAAUCAUUGUUAUAAGCUCCGCCCAUUACACCUGGCAGUCGGUAUAGAGAGAGCCACCUCCAUCUUAGCUCCCUGUCAAUCAUUGUUAUAAGCUCCGCCCUUUACACCUGGCAGUCAGUAUAGAGAGAGCCACCUCCAUCUUAGCUCCCUGUCAAUCAUUGUUAUAAGCUCCGCCCUUUACACCUGGCAGUCAGUAUAGAGAGAGCCGCCUCCAUCUUAGCUCCCUGUCAAUCAUUGUUAUAAACUCCACCCUUUACACCUGGCAGUCAGUAUAGAGAGAGCCGCCUCCAUCUUAGCUACCUGUCAAUCAUUGUUAUAAGCUCCGCCCUUUACACCUGGCAGUCAGUAUAGAGAGAGCCACCUCCAUCUUAGCUCCCUGUCAAUCAUUGUUAUAAGCUCCGCCCUUUACACCUGGCAGUCAGUAUAGAGAGAGCCACCGCCAUCUUAGCUCCCUGUCAAUCAUUGUUAUAAGCUCCGCCCUUUACACCUGGCAGUCAGUAUAGAGAGAGCCACCUCCAUCUUAGCUCCCUGUCAAUCAUUGUUAUAAACUCCACCCUUUACACCUGGCAGUCAGUAUAGAGAGAGCCACCUCCAUCAUAGUUCCCUGUCAAUCAUUGUUAUAAGCUCCGCCCUUUACACCUGGCAGUCAGUAUAGAGAGAGCCGCCCCCAUCUUAGCUCCCUGUCAGUCAUUGUUAUAAGCUCCGCCCUUUACACCUGGCAGUCAGUAUAGAGAGAGCCUCCUCCAUCUUAGCUACCUGUCAAUCAUUGUUAUAAGCUCCGCCCUUUACACCUGGCAGUCAGCAUAGAGAGAGCAUAGAGAGAGGAGGAGACAUGAAACAAUGUGUCUAUUUCUUCUCUUCAUGCACAAUGUUUUUCAUGGCUUUGUCUUGUCUGAACUGGAUUAUGGUGUAAUUUGUUAAAUCCUUAAUAAGAAUUUAAGAGGAAAUGGUACGUAACAAAAAAAAAACUUAAAGUUAAAGGUAAAUUUCUGUUCAAUGGUGUAAAGUCAAGAGAAACAACAAUUCAAAAUUAGAGAAUAGACAUGCUUUGGAAGCAAUUUUAAUCGUAUAUAUUGUAUGUUUUUAUUAAAAUUUGUAAUGUACUAUGUAUUGUAUUUCCAUUUGCAAAUUAGGAAAUUAAUUUUUAUUAACUCAUGUCGAGUUCAGACUCCAUCACCUGUAUACUGUGGAUGUAGCAUCGGAUGGGUUUUGUUUGAGGUCCUGGUAAAGGUCACGGGUUCAUUCACCUUUCCAUUUAGCUCUUCUUGCUUAAAAUAAUCAUGGAUUGCACUAAUUGAGCUCUUUGUGUUGCCUAGGGAAACGAGUCUGCCUCGGGGAGAAUCUUGCCCGUCUAGAAUUGUUUAUUUUCAUCACUACCCUUUUGCAGCAUUUUGAUAUCAGUACUCCAGAAAAUCCAGAGGACAUGGACAUCACCCCUCAGAUGGUGGGCUUCUCCAAUAUCCCCAAACCAUACAAUAUCAGCUUCAGUCCACGAUAAACCAGUAAUGGAAACAUGUGAAGAACAAAGUAAUUAUUGAAUAUUACAGCAGAAUAAUCAAACUCCAAAAAAAACAACAACAGAGAGAGCUGAUAAUAUAAAACAAAUUAUGUUAUUCUUUAGUAUUUUUAUUUAGAU